AUGCUGUCCUCGACGAUGAAGAGCUCCGUGCGCAAGACGGCGUCGGCUGUGGCUCCUGCAAGUCGCAGUGUCGCGACGAAGACGGGCGGCGCUGCUGCUGCCUCGUCGACCAAAGACGUUGAAGCCAUUGGCAGCUUUGGGCAGAUGACGCAGCCCAAGCUGCAGCUCUUUGGUCUGCACGCGCGCUACGCAAACGCGCUCUACAGUGUGGCCGCCAAGCAGAACCAGCUCGAGUCGGUGGAGAAGGAGCUCUUGAGCAUUGAAGACACGAUCGCGAAAGAGCCGCACUUUGCCUCGUUCCUGCACGACCCGACGAUCGCGCGGGCGAGCAAGAAGGAGGACAUUGCCAAGGUCAUGGAGCAAGCCAAGUUCUCCAAGCCGGUGGCUGGUCUGUUUGAAGUGCUGGCGGACAAUGGCCGGCUGCCCGAUGUCGCGGGCGUCAUUGGCGCGUACAAGAAGCUCAUGGGCGCGUACCGCCAAGAAGUGCAGGCCAAGGUCACGUCAGCGGACCCGCUGACCAAGACACAGCUCGAGUUGGUGAAGAAAGCGCUUGCAGCGCGUGUGGAAAAGAACGAGACACUGCUGCUGGAGACGGCGGUGGACCCGGAGAUCUUGGGCGGACUGAAAGUGCAGAUUGGCAACUACUUUAUCGACUUGUCGCUGGCCACCAAGAUCGACAAGAUCAAUUCGUUGCUCGCGUCAUCGAGUCAGCAGUAA